AUGAGUAAUAUUGUUGAUUUUUUUGCAUUCACUGAUGAGGUAGAACCUGUAUUGCAUCCUGAAAAGAAAAAGAGAAAGCAGAAGAAGAAGCGUUUGAUAAAAGAAGAAAACAAGGCUAAACAUGAAGAUCAGAAAUCAUCAUCAUAUGAAAAUACAGGGUUGUUGGACAAUGUAUCAGGGCCAGAAAAAGAAGAGGAGACUGACUUAACUAAACUUCUGGGCUUAUCUGAGUCAAGGAAUGUUGAAAUUAUGUCUCUUGAGGAUACACCACCAACUGAACCCUUAUCAACUUUAAGUAGCAUAACAGACCGUGAAAAGCGAUACAAAAGACGUGGUCUUAAGUUUUCACAAGAAGAUGAACCGGUAAUAGAAAUUUUGGACACUGUUACUGAUGAUACGAAUAGUCAUCAGGAGAAAAGAGGGGGUGAUAACCGAGGGAAUGUUGAUAACGGGGAAGAUGACGAUGAUGAUCCUUUUCUGAAAAACUUGAACAGGUUUCUAGAUUCAGUUAGAGAAGAUGAACGAGAAACCGUGAAUCUAUUGCUCAAUCAAAAGCAAGAGGAUGUGAAAAUAAAUGGACAACUUUUUGAACCCUCUACAAUAAAAUUUGAAUUACAUGUAACAAUUCAAGCUGCAGGUCAAAUAUCGGGAACAUACGAGUUGCAGAUUAAGAGUACCACCAAAGUAGGUAAACUAAUCAGUAAACUAUUACCAUUAUUCAAUGCUGAUGCUGAAACCCCAUUUCCCGAAGAAGAGUGGCCGAGUUUAGUGCUUUAUAUUGAGGGAUUGAAUAUUAUCUUAGACCAGUCUUUGAAGUGUAUUUCUUUGUUAGCCUAUAAAAAUCAAUUAAAAGAAUCACUCAAUGUUGUGGGCUUUGAGGUAAGUGUUUUGAUAACCACUGAAAAACAUGCAAAUUAUUUGCAGUCAACUUCAAUGCAACAAAGAAUGCAAGCUAAUAUUGAAGAUGAAGACGAAAUGGGUCAUACAAUUAAAUUAACUAUCAACGAUCUCCAGAAUAAUGAAAAAACUGACUUAGAGAUAUCCUUAAAGUCGUUACUCGGCGAUCUUCUGUCACUUUACAAGUAUAAGAAAAGGUUACCACAAGCUCUCAAAAUUAAGCUGCUUUCAGACCAAGAAGUCGAGUUCGAUGAAAUGAAGACAAUCUCUGGUUAUAAAUUUGAAGACAGACAAAUAAUAAAUGUAACAUAUGAUGUUUGGGAACUCGAAGAACUUAGAAGACAGUCUGAGUUUACCUUAGGAUUGGAAAUGGAAAGUGAUGAAGAUGAGGCGGGUGACGAUGAUGUGGGGAAGAAACAUCGAAAUAUUGCUGGUGGUACCGAUCCAGAAUAUUUUACAGUUUAUGUUGCAGGUAAGGACAAAAAACGGUACAAGGUGGAUGUUAAACCAAGUACCAAAAUAUUCGAGAUUGCUAAAUUCUACAUAGAAAAAGCAGGAUUAGAUCCAAACACUACUUUGUCUCUGAUAUUUGAUGACGAAAAACUAGAGAACAACAGUAAAGUUGGCGAUACAGAACUUGAACAAGAUUUUAUCAUUGAUGCCAUUAUACAUUAG